AUGAAGACUUCAUCAUGGCGCCUCGCUGCCUUUACGACAGCGGGCGUUAACGCCCGGCUCAAUCUUCGAGAUCUAGGCAGCUCUGAUACAUCGCCAGCGGGUCCCACGGUGACUGUGCAGCUGCAGCCAGUGUUCUAUCAAGAAUAUUUCUCAUGCAACACCGUCAUCGACCCGUUCAGAGAUGGGCAUCCUUUCACCGUCACGGCUGCCCCGACCGAAGUCGAGAUUCUAUCAUAUCUGACAACCACGAUAUUCCCUACUUCUUUAUCAUUGUGUGUACCUACUUCCACGACGGGAUCCAUAGCGUCUUCCAGUCUCAUCACUAGCACUUCGUCGUUCACGGAAUAUGCCUCCUCAUCCACCUCGAGUCUGUUCUCGUCCACUUCCGGCGGCCUCACCAGUGUAUCAAAUGCGGUUGGCCCUGGUACGCUACAGUCAACUGGGCUUUCUAGUCUGACCGGGUCAACCACGGGAAGCUCUGGCACGAGUCCGUCAGGCACGGCGAGCUCUAGCUUCAGUUCCUUGUCAGGGAGCUCGAGCGCAUCUUCAUCUGUCUCGAGCAGCACAAGUACGCUUUUCAGCACCACAGGAAGCUUGGUGACGACCAUCGCAGGCACAUCCACUUCAGCAUUUAUUCCGACGACCAGUGUCUCUUCUCAAACUGCGGCGUUCUUCUUUGGACAAGGUCUGCCCGCACAAUCGGUCGACAACCUUCCUCAAGAAUCGUUCUUUUUCUUGGGCUUCAGUGGUCCUCCAGCCGCAGCAACUGCGGGCAAUGCAGUCAAGCGACGGGCUGAACAUGCUCGUAGGCAGAACAACGACCCCACAGCAUCCCCGGUCACUCUGGCGGAUCUCUCUGUACCUACAACACUACCUGGAAGUCUCAUCAACGCAGAUCUGUGCGAUUUCGCCAGCCCCUUGCUUCUCAUCAAUGGCUCCCUUAUACAGUACAACAGAGCCGUUGCGAAAAGCUCGAUCGCGACUGAUGCAGUACUCGGGUUCCUCAAUUCGGGUUCCGACGCUGCUGUCAACAUUACUUUCAGCUUGAUAUCUGGCAUCUUGAGCUGGGACACUCCGUCCGAUGGCGAAGCUCAGUUUUAUCAUUGUGGCGGAGACUUGGUGUAUGCGCUUUUCAGAGGACAAGCCCCCCAGAAUGGAUGCGUGAGCGUAGCCGUAGGUGCUAUAGCUGGAAGCGUUUGUCGAAACCGGGUGGCAUCAACUCGCACUCCCAACCCAACUUUCACAGCUCCCGUGCUUUCUUCCACGAGCAGUACUGUAACGACUUCAUCGAUCAGCGAGCCGUCUUCCCAGUCAACAGUGAGCUCCCUGUCGGUGCCCGAGAGCACACAAUCAGUGGCUACAUUGUCUACGACCAUCACGCUUGACAUCACCACUAGCACUACAUCAUCGCCGACGUCAGAGAUCUCGACGAGCGCAACAUUGUCGCCGACGUCGUCUCAAUUUCAGUCAGUCGCGCCCUUCUUGAAUUCUACGUUCAGCUUCAGCUCCAGCUCCACGACCUCGUCAGAGUUUCAAACGACGACUUCAUCCACAGCAGAAGCCACGACCAGUGCUAUCUCAUCUUCGCUAACUUCAGUGUCCACAUUGGUCGUCUCCAGCUUUGACACAAGUACCUCGACCCCUGUAAAUGGGUCUUCGUCAGCCACACAGGCCGCUUCUUCAUCGAAUCAGCCGACUUCCUCCACAGUUCCGGCGAUCACAAGCACUAGUGCUACUGCUCCUAGUAGUGUCUCAUCCUCGACUAGUAUUCUAUCUAGCGGAACCACCCCCGUCUCAAAUUCGAGUACCACAGACCUGCCUUCGACUAGCUCAAGCAUAACGGACAGUGUCAACGCGACAUUCCUAAGCUCGACAACAACGAGCAGCAGCUUGUCAAGCUCAGCUGUGCUCAACGCUACGUUCCUCAGCUCGACAACAACGAGCAGCAGCUUGGUAAGUUCAGCUGUGCUCAACGCUACGUUCCUCAGCUCGGCAACAACGAGCAGCAGCUUGGUAAGCUCAGCUGUGCUCAACACUACUUCAAGUGUUAUAACGACAUCUGCGAAUACGACGUCUACUACCACAUCGGCUAUUGCGUCGCCUAGUACCUCACAGCAGUUCGGCAACUCAACUUCCGCCUCCUUAUCGACUACUACCCAAACAUCGUCCACAGCAGGCCAGAAUUCCACUUCGACGUCAUUGCAGACCAGUAUCUCUACCCUGAACGCCGCAAGCAGUGCAUAUAAUACAACGCUGAGUGCUCAAUUACUGUCGACCGCGACCUUCUCGCAAACGAAUGCUACGUCCACCACGGGCACAUCAACGACAGCCUGUGCUACAACCCUCAUCAGCCCCGUUCCGUCCUGCCCCAGUGGCCAAAACGGAACCCUGUUCACUUCGGGUGCCAGUGUCUAUCUCCUCUGUCCUAACACUGAUGUAACGAAUAGUAUCGACCAAGCUGAUGUCAUACCAAAUCCUGGCCAAGCAGCCACCCCAGAGAGCUGUGCAGCCGCCUGCUCUGCUACUCCGAAUUGCAAAUCCGCGGUAUACUAUCCUGGUGGCUCGGAAGACUGCUUUCUCAAGGUUGCGGGUUCUGAAGGCGCGGUCAGCCGGGACAUUACCAAUGCAGUGUUCCUAGUAAGCUCUGGAUGUAGUACAGCAACAACUACGCCAUCAACUACUCUCUCGAGCUCUCUGAUUACAAUACCAUUGGCGUCCUCAUCAAGCACCCCAACAACUCCUCUAUCGACUGCAUUACUGAAUUCCACAUCCACCACCGUCGCGUCCAACGCAUCCAGUACAACGACGAUUACCACAUCUUCCACCCCUGUCCCAACCUGUCCGUUUGGAGGAAACGGCACCGUGAUCACCUCCGGAACAGACCUAUUCCUCCUCUGCCCCAGCACCGACGUAACAGGAGGCAAUCUUGAUGUAAUCCCACAAAGCCCGGCCUCGGCUCAGAGCUGCGCGAAUGUCUGCGCAGCGAACGCGGACUGUAGAUCUGUUGUGUACUUUCCGAUGGCACCAGACACCUGCUAUCUCAAGACUGGUAGCUUCGGUCAAGCUACGCCGAGUGCCAACUUUGGCGCGUCGCUGGGAUACACUAGCGCAUUGUUCUUGCUGAAUCCUCCAAGCGCGAGCACGAUAUCGACGACCACAAGCGGCACCAGCAUCACGACCACCUCGACUAUAAGCACGUCAUACACCAUCACUUCAUCAACAGCGCCAUCAGUCACGCAGUUCCUUCAAACCAUCUAUGUCACCGGUGGCUUAGUGUCCUUUACAAGUACAAUAGCUACAGUGGACGCUUUCGGCAACCCAACUUCGGUCGUUGUCGUGGGAGUGCCCGAGCCAACCACAUAA